AUGCCAGCUGCCAAUACCAGGAUUCCUGAGACAGAAGUGGUGAAGACGUACGACCUGGUGGGCGUAUUGGGAAUAUUCAGAACAGAACAAAACAGUGGAAUAAAUGAGCAUCUUCUAUUUGUACAAGAUGGAGACGUAUUGGGUAAAAUAGAUGGAUCAGUGGUGUACAGCAUUCGUAGAGUAAGGGCACUGCAGAUUGUUGGUGAUGGUGGAAGUGAAGAAGUGGAAAGUGUGAUCAAUUUGAUUGAAUCUCACCCAUUUUAUUGUACAGGUGCAGAAAUAAAGGAAUGCUACCAGUGGAAUAGCAUUUUGAGAAGAAAUUUCAAUAAGAGAACCAGGAAACAAGGAAGGAGGAAACGAGUGUCACACAGCCUCUUUGUGGAGGACAAAGAGGAGCAGGAGACUGAAUUCGAGAAGAAUGAGCAGAACUAUGCGAUAUUCUCAGACUCAGACAGUUUUAGCCUACUGAAUUUAUUCAGUGGAUACUACGAAUAUCAAACAUACAGAAAUGGUAGCAUUCACUACACAUUUGAAAUACGGUCAUUUGUAUCAACUAACAAGAUAGGACCAAGGAUGCUAUGCAGGGGAGUUGACGAAGAUGGAAAUGCCGCAUUCUUCGUGAAAACGAGUUUCAGGUGCAACUCAAAUCAGUCAAAAAAUGACGAACCCGAAAUCAAUUUCACCAUUUUCAGGGGAUCAGUUCCACUUUUCUGGGCACAGACUGAUCCACUGAAGCCGUCUAAGAUCUGGUUUGAGGGAACAGAGAAGGAGAACAGUGGUGCAUUCAGGAAGCACAUGGAUCAAAUGAAGCAGAAGAACGAGGAUGUCGUGGUCAUCGACUUAUUGGGCCACUCAAAAUACGAGGCCAUUUUAUCACAAAUGUACAGGGAGAAAUGCUGUAAACAGAAAAUAAAAUACAUCAAUUUCCACCUGAAUGCGCACAUAAACGACUACGAGAACAUGAAGAGACUGCUCUACGAUAAGAUACACCGCAUUGGCGCAGAUGACAACGGCUGCAUCCUCGACGAGGAGACCUCGGCCGAAUCUGAAAUCAGCGCCUUUGAAACAGAGACCCUUGCAAGUUACAGCCUCCUUGAGGAGAGCGAAUGCUUCUCAAACACCCCACAAAUCGACCAGAACAGGGUUUACAGGGUGAACUGUCUCGACUGCCUCGAUAGAACGAAUUUGUGUCAGUUUCUGAUAUUCAACUAUCACAACCCCUACAAAUUCAAUAUUGUAAAAAGUAUGUGGAAGAAUAACGGAAAUGCAUUGGCACAGCUGUACACUGGAUCACAGGCACUGAAGAGUGACUUCAGCAAGGAGAAAAAGAGAUCACUCUUAAGCAGAGUCAAUGACAUAAUGAUAUCAGCAAAUAGAAUGAUAAACAACAAGUUCAAUGAUGGGGAGAAGCAAAGAGUGAUAGACCUGCUAUUGAAGGGUGGAAAUGGGAAGUGA